CCGGUCCGCGGGGCGCGAGCACGUCGUGGAGCGGUUGCGUGCGCGACGCGGUUGUUGGGAGGAGGAGGAGGAGGCGUCGGCGGCGGCGACUUAGUGGAGAUGGGGUCGGUGCUCACCGAGGCCGUGUGGGGAUGGUCCAUAUUCACCCUCGUCCUGCUGGCAAUUCUAAUAUUUUGCUGGAUAUAUAUCCGCCGAUACCAGAGUCAUCAAGAAAGUGAGGUUGUCUCCACCAUAACUGCUAUAUGUGCACUUGCACUUGCACUGAUUACUUCUUCGUUGUUGCCUGUUGAUAUAUUCCUUGUAUCUUACAUGAAGGAUUCCAAAGGAUCUUACAAGGAAUGGGCAGCAGAUAACACCACAAGGAAGAAUGUUGAAGACACAGUAUUAUAUGGAUAUUACACCUUGUAUUCCAUCAUUCUUUUCUGUGUCUUCCUGUGGAUCCCGUUUGUCUACUUCUACUAUGAGGAGAAGGAGGAUAUUGAUCCGAACAAAUGCUCACAAGUGAAGAAUGCACUGAAGUAUACUCUGGGAUUUGUGUUUGUCUGCUCCAUUCUUCUCUUAAUUGGUGCUUUUGUUCCUUUGAAUGUUCCAGCAAAUCAAAACUCCACAGAAUGGGAAAAGGUGAAACUUCUUUUUGAAGAGCUAGGAACUAGUCAUGGUUUGGCUGCCUUGUCUUUCUCCAUAAGCACAUUGACCUUGAUUGGGAUGCUAGCAGUUAUAACGUACACAGCCUAUGGUAUGUCUGCAUUGCCAUUAAACCUGAUAAAAGGUACAAAGAAUGUGGUGUAUGAACGACUGCAAAAUACUGAAGACCUUGAAGAAGUGGAGCAGCAAAUGGAGAAGAUUAAAUUCAAGCAGUGUAAGGAUGGCCGCCCUUUAGCCACAGGAGACCGAAAAUCUUUACAGAAACUAGAGGAGAAGUUGCGAACACUUAAAAGAAGAGACAGACAUCUGGAAACUGCUGAAAAAAGUUGCUGGUUGAAAUUUUGCUGUGCUUUACGACCUUUUAAGAUUGCACUGGGGACGUUUUUCAUCUUGGUGGCUCUUCUAUUCAUUGUUGCUCUCUUUCUAUCAAACCUGGAUAAAGCACUCCAUUCAAUGGGUUUUGAUUCUGGAUUUAUAAUAUUUGAAACUAACUUGGGAAAUCCUUUAAAUGAACUCUUACUUAUUCUACAGACAGUAUUCCCAUUGGAUUAUAUUCUGAUUGCGAUCAUUACAAUGUACAUAGUCUUCACAUCCAUGGCCGGAAUCCGAAACAUGGGGAUCUGGUUUUUCUGGAUAAGGUUGUAUAAGAUUAGACCAGGCAGAACACGCCCCCAAGCUCUUCUUUUCCUUUGUAUGAUUUUGCUCCUGAUGGUUCUUCACACAAGUUAUAUGAUCUACAGUCUCGCACCACAGUAUGUUAUGUAUGGAAGCCAAAAGUAUCAAGAGCACAUGAACCAGAAUUUAUCUAACUCGAGGCAAGAAGAUUCAAAUACAACCUGGGUAACAAAGAUGUGUGAUGCAAAGGCACCUGAAGAUCAGUGCACAGUGACACGGACAUACCUCUUCCUUCACAAGUUCUGGUUCUUCAAUGUCGUUUACUACUUUGGAAACUGGGCAUUUAUUGCAGUCUUCUUAAUUGGACUAAUUAUCUCUUGCUGCAAAGGAAAGCGAUCAGUCAUUGAAGGGGAGAUAGAUGAUGAUGACUCAGACUUCAGUGAUGACGAUUUAAUGGAGAGACAUCAUGCUUAAUUCCACAACGCUUACCUUCUGGCUCUUGUGUGAAAAAAAAUCUCUAUUUUGCAGUGUUUCAAACAGUGUGGGGAAAUGUGUUGCAUUUGUUUCUCUUUUGAGUGAAAACUUUGAAGAAGGGGUGCAGGUAAUUGAUGUGUGGGGGUGUAUAUUUAAAAAAAAUCCAUGCAAUGUUAAGUAUUACAUUCAAAUCUUAAGCAGGCAACCUUUUUCAAAUGCAUUGGAAGGGGCUGCUAACGUUUUAAAUAGCUGCUAAUUUACCAAAAUAAUUUGAUGAUCACUGCAUGUAAUCUCUGGAAUUACAUCUAUUAAAUGUUUUUUGCCUCUUA